AUGUCGGGAAGCCCAAACUUAGAGUUCCUGGAUCUAAGUGGUUGUAAAAGUUUAGAGAUGGUUCACCCUUCGGUUGGAUACCUCGAAAAGCUGGUUAAGCUGGAUCUUUACAACUGUUGUAACCUUAUGAAGCUGCCUCCAGAAGUCAACUGGAGAUCCCUCCAAGAACUUGAUCUUGGUCGUUGCAGUAAGCUAAAGAGUUUCCCUGAAAUUGUGGGAGAGAUGAAAUGCAUGAAAACCUUGUGUCUAUUCAACACUGGCAUUAAAACAUUGCCGUCAUCCAUUCGGUAUCUAAUCAACCUUGAAUGGUUGAGAUUCAGUCACUGUAGAGACCUCACAGAUAUACCUGGCAGCAUUUAUGAACUGCGAAAGUUGAAGAACUUAGACUUGGUGGAGUGCCCAAAACUCGUAACAUUCCCAACUAAGGUGGACUCACCUGACGGCAGUGACUAUUUACUAGGAUGCAAUUCAUCUAAAAUUGAUUUCUUGGCAUCCGCUUUAGUUUAUCUUAAUUUAUCCGGAUGCCCCUUUGUUACUCUUCCUAAUAAAUGCAUCAAGAAAUUUGUCAACUUGUCAAGACUCAUUUUGAGAGGCUGCACGAGGCUCGUGGAAAUUCCGGAGCUUCCACCACUGAUCACAGAGUUGGAUGCAAGAGAUUGCGUAUCAUUGGAAAGAAUUUCAAAGCUGUCAAAAUUUUUGGAAUGUAAAGAAUCACAAAUGAUCCAGGAGAUGAACUUGACUAAUUGUUGGAGACUCUGUCAAAAUUUAUUGGCUGAGAUGGCGGCAAGCAAGGAAGAUGAUGAUCUCUUCUCUCGGCUCCUAUCUUCUCAGCUAUCCGAGUUUUCAAUUAUAUUUCACGAAAGUUCUUGUAUGCACCUAGGUACAAGUGAACCAAUAGUUAUAAUUUAA